AUGUCCGCGCCGGUGAAAGGCUCCAGUAAGGCGGUGACGAGCGAAGAGGUGUCUAAUAACAAGCGGAAAGGAGGAAGAGUCGUGAAGUCUCGCUACUUGCAGUGCGAUAAGAGAGACGCUAAGAAGGAUACUCCUGUAAGUUCGUUUUCAACAUCUGCUGCUAAACCAGCUUCUGCAACUAAAUCAAGAUCAGUUCCUCCUCAGAAAUGUAAAACUUCUACUGGUGUUGUUACUAGCUCAUUAAAUCAGAGUAGUUUGAAGGAAAGUGUCUUGCAGUCCACUUUAUUAGAUGAAGGUAAAAUUAGUCUACCGGACUUUGAUCUUUCAGCCAUUAGUGAUGGAACUGUCCGCCGAAAGACUUCUGCUUCAAAAUCUUGUGAAAAAAUUACAGAGACAUCAGAAGAAAAGGAAGAAGCGGAAAAUUAUUCUGAUACUCUGACGGAAGAGCUGGAAUCUCAGACGGUGCUUUUAACAUACCUGAGACUAAAGGCAGGAAACAAUCUUGCUGAGCUGGAGAAAAAAGCAGAAGAAAACUUGUUAAUGCUGUGUGAAGAGAAGAAGAGACAACAGGAGAAGCUCUGUGAGUUGAAACGUGAAAUUCUACUCAAAGAGAGAGAGCAGAAACUUGAUGAAGCAUUAGACAAACAGAUGGAAAUACUUUCUCCCCUUGUUGCUGUUUGUGAACAGUUUAAAGAGCAAUACAAAAACUUUGCACUUUCCCUGGAUGCCACUAGACAUGAAUUACCCAUAAAGAAUAUUCACAUAGAGGGAGAUACGCUAACGUACCUUGAAGAACUGCAAAAGGAGUUAACUAUCACGCAGAGCCUUCUCACAGAAGUCAUGCCAGAUUACUCGGAAGAAGAGCCAAGAGCAUUUAAUGUACUGACAGAGCUUAAAGAAGUCUCUCAGAAACUGGAUAAAGAGCUUCAAAGGAGCUUCACACAAGUGCAGAAACUGUCGUUUGAAGUUAGUAAAGAAGUUUCUCUGCAUAAUCAAAGAAUAUGCGAAGAGAAUCAUGGACUAGAUGUUGUGAAACGCUGGUACUUCAACUAA